UUCAAAAUGGCGGCCCGACUGAAGUUUCUCGGUCGGGUUUGUGGGAUAGGUUUAGGAGCGUUUCUUUCCGUGAAAACCGCACAAAAGGCUACAAAAUAUCAUCAUAAUGUCAUCUUUGCCAGAGAAGAAGACAAAGAAUAUCAAUUAGUUCAUGUUCAAGUGGCUUUUCGUCACGGAGCUCGUACCCCUAUCUUUUCUCUACCAGAAAUGCAGAAUGCAUCGGUGGGGGAUGUGGUUUGGGACAAGGACAAGAUGCUUGGAGACCUACCCGAGACUCUUAUCAAAUACAGGGUGAAAGAUCUAGACGGUGGCAGACAGCCUGUUUCAGAAUACGACACAAGACAGAAAAAAGUUAUUUGGCCGGGAGGCAGUGAAGCAGGCCAGUUGACUAAAUUAGGUCAACGACAGAUGUAUGACCUGGGGAAAAAUCUACAUAGAAGAUACAUUAAGGAGGUGGAGUUGUUACAUCCACAGCUUGUUCCUCAAGAAAUAUAUGUUCGGACAUCCAAUAUGCAAAGGACAAUAGACUCAGCCCGCUGUGUAAUAGCUGGUCUCUAUGGACAACAAAAUGUUAAAGGCGUUGUUACCAUGGUGACCUGUCCUGAAAAAGACGAGAGCAUAUAUCCCAAUUCCCAUUACUGUAUGGCAAUCAAGAAAUGGGCUCACAGUGCCCUAAGUACAGCAUUUCUCAUGUCCAAUAUAGAUGGAUAUAAGAAGGAUUAUGAAGAGUUUAAAGAAGCUGCAGGAAUCAAAGACAAGCAUGUGUUUGUGUUUUUCAGAGAUUUUAUUGCAGCGCAAGAGGCACAUGGCAUGCCAGUUUCUCCCAUCUUCAUAAAGUACAGAGAAAUGAUAGAAAGGAAUGCAACACAUGAACUUGUAUCCGUUCAAUGUGGAUAUCCUCAUGGGAGACAUGAAAUACUUCGUCUUGGUGUUGGCCAAGCCCUGGAAAACAUUCUUGAGAGAAUGAAAGACAAAAUCACUAAAAAAAGUCCAUCAUAUCACAGACUGUGUCUAUACUCCGUACAUGAUACAACUAUCAUCUGCAUGCUUGUUUGUUUGGGAUUGUACAACAAUGAGUGGCCUGACUUUAGUGCAGAUCUGGCAUUUGAGCUUUACAAAAAAAAGGAUGGACAAUAUUUUGUAAAAAUUUUACUACAGGGAAAGGAACAAAUACUUCCAGGAGCGACAAGUGCUAUGUAUCCCUUUGAAAAAUUCCGAAAGCUGAUCACUUCAUACUCAGUAGAAGACUGGCAUCAGGAAUGUAACCAACAGCACCAUUAACAAUACCACACUCAAAUGCUUGGUUUCACUCGCAUGACGUCAUUUCCUGUCUCAUAAGGCCUAGGCCUUUUCUGAGUUCGAUAAAGCAGGAUGCAUUGUGGUCAUUCGGUACAAGCAACACCUUAUAAGGCAUGAUGUUUGUACCCAAGCUAGACCACAAUGCACCGUGUUCGCUAUCUCAUAAAAGGUCUAUGUUCAUCAGCUGAAUCACAAGUUUUCAAUUAGCAAUUCCGUAGUUGAGGAAACAAUCGCUGGAGAUAUUUCCUAGAUGGCAUUUAUUUUAUCACCUAAAACAGUCCCAUAAUGCACUGCAAAAUGCCAACUCGACCCAGUUUUUUUCUCAAACUCGAAAUGGCUAAUAGAAUAGACCUCUUAACCUUGGUCAUUAAUGUUUCCUAUUUCAGACCACUUGUCAUUCCCUAUAGUCUUUUUGUUUGUUUGUUUAACAGUUGUGCAUGAGAAAACCCAUGAAAAUGGAUACAACUCAAACAAAUAAUCUUACUGUCAAGGGAAUGACUCGUGGUCUGAAAUUGGAAAACAUUACGCCCAAGAUGAAGAAGUUUAUCCUUUCUGGCGGACAGAAAAAGGCGAUCAUGAUGGAAUUUAAAGUCUUAUAUGAACUGAUUCUAAUUUAGCUAUCAAUACAUCUCUAAACUUUUAUACGAUGAACACUUUUAAAACUUUUUUUUCGCUAAUUUGGGUCCCAAAAUGGGGGUUGGUGGGUGAUGAGGUUGGUUAUGACAUUUGCUUUAGUGGGGCCCUUAUUUCACAAGUACAUUGUUGCCUUUAUUCUGCUGGGUUCCUUUUAACAGAGCUUUGCUUGAUUCACAAAAUAUAAUAUAUAUACAAUGGACUACUCCGACGAUAAGGCGGCCAUCUUGGAUCGUAAGGCAUCAUGGGGCGUCCAGGGGGCAAAUAAGCUUUUGUUACAGUAACGACGUCGCUUGAUAUUAAAGCUUAAGAUUUCACCACAAGAGAAAAGAACAACAAAAGGUGGAUUAAUUAGUUUAAGCUUAGUAAAGAGUGUCCUCUGUUGCUCAGGGCUAGCCAGUCGAUUUUGUGUGGAAUAAUCCAUGUGUUCCAGAGAAGGUCCGUGGGAUCCCAAAGUCUUUGAAGCUAUAGCGUUGGUAUUUGUGAAUAUUUAGACACUGAUACGAGGUUAACCCUGAGUAAAUGUAAUAAUGUAAUAACGUUAACUCGAAAAAGGUCAUUUGACUAAAGAAAUAGGGGUAAGGGAUUCUUGUUAUUUACAAUAUAUAAUUAUUAUAUGAUCACCAAAUUUGUCCCAUUUUUAUUAAUAUAAAAAAUUGUUAAUAUAAUAAUGUAAAUGGAAUUAGGCAACAGCUAAAUCCUAAUCUGUUUACUGUUUGCCAAUAUUUAAGAAUAAGGUACAUGAUUUUAAAUAAACAACUAUGGAUAAUA